AUGAGAAAACUCAAGAUCUCGAAUCAGCAAAAAAAGGAUAAAAAGGACAAGAAUAAAGACUUCAAGCCCGAAAGAAGAGGCGGCAAUGCAAUCAAAACAUGCUACCACUGCCGGAAGACCGGCCACAUCCAAUCUGAAUACUCUGGUUCGGGAGCUCAUGCCACACCUCACAAAGACCUCACAGAGAGAUCAUCGAGAUUAAGCCACAGAGAGUUGAUGUCAUCUGACAUCUUGGAAAUGGCAGACAAAACUACGGGCCCCACUACGGCUGCAGGAAAGGUUGAUAUACCCACGGGAGGGGGCGAGAAUCCCAUUGAAUGA